AUUCCCAUUGUUUCUACGACCGAUAAAUACGGUCGUGCUUCUCGCCGCGGAUAUUUAGGGUUUAGGGUUCUCGAGCUGUCGAGAGAUACGUGCUUGGAGACCCACCGAUCCAUUCCCCUCUUCACGUCGCAAUGAGCCGAUCGGGUCAACCCCCAGAUCUCAAGAAGUACAUGGACAAGAAGCUACAAAUAAAAUUGAAUGGUAACCGAGUUGUGGUUGGCACUCUCCGUGGGUUUGAUCAAUUUAUGAACCUUGUUGUUGACAAUACAGUGGAGGUGAAUAGCAAUGAGAAGAACGAUAUUGGCAUGGUGGUCAUUCGAGGAAAUAGCGUGGUCAUGAUUGAAGCUCUCGAGCCAGUCGCCAGAACUUAAUAUCACUUCUUUUCUUCUGUCCGUUGACAGUUGUACCAGAUAUGUUCUUGUUGAAUGCUUAUGGGAUUGUUAAAUCUGUCAGAAGUCAGUUAAAUAUUAUGUACGCUUAAUGCAAAACCAGGUUACUACAAUGUAGCAUGAUAUUAUCCUAAUGAUCUUUUUUAUGUAUC